GAAGCGCUCGCCUGCCCCUAGAGCACAGCUCCCGCGGCCUCUGUGCGGCGGCGCUGGUGCGGUGUGGGGCGAUCAGGCGCCUCGCGUCCAGGCGACUCCGCAACUGGCUGCCCCCUCAGCCAGCCGCGCCCCUCCCAGCGACCCCUGGGAGGCGUGCCGAGGCCGGGCCCGCGGCUGUUCCCCGAGGAGGUCGGAAAAGGGGCCGGGGGCGCGGCGGGAACGGGCGCUGGGGCAGCGGCCCCGGUGGAUGCGAAGGGCUUCGGGAUCGGGAGUCUAUGCCACGGCAGCCAGCUCGGCUGAGAAAGGGAUCGCCAUGCCAGGUAAAGGGAAAAAAGGAAAAGGCCAGGGCAAGUCUCAUGGGAAGAAACAGAAGAAACCGGAAGUGGACAUUCUCAGCCCAGCGGCCAUGCUGAACCUCUACUAUAUCGCCCACAACGUCGCUGACUGCCUGCACCUGCGAGGCUUCCACUGGCCGGGUGCUCCCAAAGGAAAGAAAGGGAGGAGCAAGACUUAAGUGACAGCAUUUCAGCAUUUCACAGCAUAUCCCGUAUCUCUGUUACGGGAAGAGAAGUCAGGUUAACACAACUAUUGCCAGCAACGUAGACUUGACUCCAGACGACUUGAGAUGCAAAUUAAGUGUGCUUUUCCGUGAUGGUUGAUGAUCAGGAAAUGUACUUUACUUCCUCAGUUAUGCCAGAUGUGGUUUACCACUUUGGUUUUUCAGGAGUUAUAGGGUGGGAAAAGUCUGAGUAAUAAUUCCUACACAGUAUGGUGGAAUUCAUAGAACUUUCAACAAUUACUAUAAUUCUGGGUUAGAAUUAAACUUUGCUCUCACAAGGCA